UAAUUAACUAGUCUGCUGCUGCUGUGGAAGUGCCUUCAGCCAGCGGUACGUGGGCGGACGGGCGGGCUGCGGGCGAACGAAGCCUCGAAGCGGGGAUCAUUUCCGCGUGCGCAUUCGCAGCUCGAACAACUACCAACUUGGGUGCGCGGUUUUUUUUUUUUUUCUCAAAUUCACCCCCCUCCCCCCUAAAUGUGCAGGAGGAUUAUACGUACGUAUCAAUAUAUAUAUGUGUGUGUGCGUGUCUUGGACUGUGACGGAAUCUCCCUUCCACGCACACAAGCUCUUCAGUCUCCAAGAAUCCACGCGGAGGAGGACAGAAGAGGAGGAGGAAGAAGAGGAGGAGGAGGAGGAGGCUGUCCACGGGCUCUCACACUGCGGAACGCGCUCGGAGCUGCCUGGAGAUCCCCCCCAAAAUAUCAGCGGAUCCUUCCACUGCCUCCGCCGCCUCCCCACGCGCGGAGUGGACAUUUGGCUCCAUCAGGAGGAGGAAUAAGCGCCUGAGCUCCUGGAGGGUGGCCGGAGCCGGUGGGGGUCUUUACGGACACGACAGGUGGAUUAAUCCGAGCGGGUGUCUCUCAUUUCUGGGUGGAGGUGCUUUCGGUACGUGCGUGUUUUCCCCACUUGUUUCCCUCGGAUGGAGGCGCAAUUAAUGGAUUAAUUUGACGGGGGUGGAGGGGGACACUCACGCCUUGGAGGGCACCCGAAUGGAGUAACAGGCUGCAAUGUCAUUUCCAACCGGCCGCCUGGAGAGAUGUGUCACGGGAAUGGGAUCAAGUUGAAACACUUUGGCACCGGGAGGAGGAGGAAGGAGGAGGAUGAGGAGACGAAGAAGAGACGUGAUGGUCGGCCACGACGACGGCGACGCGCGGGUCAGAGAAGCGGCGGCAGCGGAAGCGCGCACGCUCACGGAGUCGCAAGACGAAGGCGCAAAACGCGCCUUGUGACAGCCAAGGGUCCGAUGCGUGCAGCGCUGUGGCUUCUGCUGCUUCUUUGCCAAUUGGCAUCGCCGGCUGCUUCCCAGAAGCCUCCAGGGCUCAGUGUGGGCGUGGUGAUGGGCCAGACCCGACUGGUCCCGGACCAGGAGCUCCGUCCCCCCCGGAGGCCAGACGAUGCCCUGGAUGUAUUGGUGGUGCCCUUAAGGAUCAACCAGACCGACCCAAAGUCUGUCAUCACACAGGUAUGUGAGUUGCUGUCACGGUCUCGCCUCCACGGCAUCGUGUUUGCUGACGGCACCGACCAGGAGGCCAUCGCUCAGAUCCUGGACUUCUUGUCUGUCCAGACCCAACUUCCUGUGCUAGGAGUGCACGGAGGCUCAUCAAUGAUCAUGGCCGACAAGGAUGAGAAGUCAACAUUCUUCCAGUUCGGCGCUGCUCUACAACAGGAGGCGCUCCUUAUGCUGGCCAUCAUGGAGGAGUACGACUGGCACGUCUUCUCCAUUGUCACUUCAAAAUUCCCCGGGUACCAAGACUUCAUCAGCACCCUCAGGGUCACUGUGGACCACAGCUUUGUACGUUGGGACCUCCAGAGUGUGGUGACUCUAGAUGCGGUGGACGGAGACCCCAACUCCAAGUCUCAUAUCGCUCUCAAGAGAAUCCAGAGUCCUGUCAUUCUCCUGUACUGCUCCAAGGACGAAGCUGUCUAUAUUCUGGAGGAAGCGCGCUCACUGGGCCUGAUCGGAGCUGGUUACAUUUGGAUCGUGUCCAGUCUCACAACGGGAAACCCUGACUUUACCCCAGAGGCGUUUCCUCUCGGCAUGAUUUCGGUGUCCUACGAUGACUGGGAAUACCCGCUGGAGACGCGGGUACGGGAUGGUGUGGGCAUCAUCUCGUCAGCCGCCACUGCCAUGCUUCGGGAGAAGGGUGAACUGCCUGAAGCACAGGGUGGCUGCUACAGUACUCCGUCGGACCGCAGCCCGGGAAAGCUACCACCCAGCGCCUUACGCAGACACAUGAUGCACGUGUGGAAUGAUGGCAGAGAUUUGUCCUUCACUCCUGAUGGUUAUCAGGCUAACCCCAAGCUGGUGGUCAUCGUCUUGAACAGCGAGAGGACAUGGGAGAAGAUGGGUCGUUGGGAGAACGGCACACUGUCAUUGAUGUUUCCCGUGUGGCCGCGCUACAACUCACAUGGUGACGAGGAUGCAGAUGAGAACCACCUGUCCAUUGUCACCCUGGAAGAGAAACCCUUUGUCAUUGUGGACAACGUAGACAUCCUCACUGGGACCUGCAUGAGGAACUCAGUACCCUGUCGCAAACACGUCAAAGAUAACAGCACAUCGGGGGGCUCAUACAUCAAGCAGUGCUGCAAGGGCUUUUGCAUCGACAUCCUCAAGAAGAUCGCCCGCAAUGUUAAGUUCACAUACGACCUGUACCUGGUCACCAAUGGCAAGCACGGAAAGAAGAUCAACAACGUCUGGAACGGCAUGGUGGGAGAGGUGGUGUACAAGAAAGCCGCCAUGGCCGUGGGCUCUCUGACUAUCAACGAGGAGAGGUCAGAGGUCAUUGACUUCUCCGUGCCCUUUGUGGAAACGGGCAUUAGCGUCAUGGUGUCACGCAGCAAUGGUACUGUCUCACCUUCAGCCUUCCUUGAGCCCUUCAGCGCAUCUGUUUGGGUGAUGAUGUUUGUGAUGCUGCUCAUCGUAACGGCCAUCGCUGUCUUCCUUUUCGAGUUUGUCUCUCCGCUGGGCUUCAACCGCAAUUUGGCUCAAGGCAAAGAUCCUCAUGGUCCGUCGUUCACCAUCGGCAAGGCCAUUUGGCUGCUGUGGGGUCUGGUCUUCAACAACUCUGUUCCGGUGCAGAACCCCAAAGGCACCACCAGCAAGUUCAUUGUGUCUGUGUGGGCCUUCUUUGCUGUCAUCUUCUUGGCCUCUUACACUGCCAACCUGGCCGCCUUCAUGAUCCAGGAGGAAUUUGUGGACCAGGUCACCGGACUCUCCGACAAGAAGUUUCAGAGUCCCUACUCGUACUCGCCGCCCUUCCGAUUCGGCACUGUGCCCAACGGAAGCACGGAGCGCAACAUCCGCAAAAACUAUCCAGACAUGCACCAGUAUAUGACCAAGUACCACCAGACUGGAGUGCAAGAUGCCCUCGUGAGCCUCAAAACCGGGAAGCUGGAUGCAUUCAUCUACGACGCGGCGGUGCUCAACUACAUGGCUGGCCGAGAUGACGGCUGCAAGCUGGUGACAAUCGGCAGCGGCUACAUCUUUGCCACCACCGGAUACGGCAUCGCGCUGCAGAAGGGCUCCUAUUGGAAGAGGCUGGUGGACCUCGCCAUCCUUGGCAUCAUUGGCGACGGCGAAAUGGAGGAGCUGGAGGCACAGUGGCUGACGGGCAUUUGCCACAAUGAGAAAAACGAGGUGAUGUCUAGUCAACUGGACGUGGACAACAUGGCCGGCGUCUUCUACAUGCUGGCCACCGCCAUGGGUCUUUCCAUCCUCACCUUCAUCUCCGAGCAUCUCUUCUACUGGCGUUUGCGGUACUGCUUCACUGGCGUUUGCUCCGGACGCCCCGGACUGCUCUUUACCAUCAGCAGGGGCAUUUGGAGCUGCAUCCACGGUGUUCACAUCGACAUGAAGAAAAAAGCACCCGAGCUGGACUUCAGCCCUCAGGCCAACAUGCUACACCUGCUCAAAUCGGCCAAAUCCAUCGCUAUGUCGUCGCCCAAACGCAACACAGUGCUGCUGCAGCCCAGCAUCCUCGAUGUCAUGACGGGAAAAGGUAACCCGCUGCACAGCCUCGCUCCAAAGGGUCCUGGUCUCUAUAGCAACGCUGGUGGUCCGCAGGCCUUCCUGUCUCUAUCUGGACGCCACAAGAACCUCCUGAACAAUGCAGCACCCUUUCCGGCUCCACAGAAGGCACCUGGUCACCAGACAAGCCCCACCAACAAGCCGCAGCUGUCUGUCACCAAUGAUAACGGCAAGACCCGCCCUAGCCCUGGAGGCCCACCAUCCAAGCCCCGUGCCCUCUGGAAGAAAAGUGUUGAGACCUUGAAGACGCAGCCCACAGGGGCGGCACCAGGCGGCGGCCCUAGCCCAUCCACGACUGCGGCAGCACCCCCAGCUAUGAAGAGUCAACGCUAUCUCCCGGAGGAACCACCACCCCCGCCCCACUCGGACAUCUCAGAGUGCUCCAGCCGCCCCGCGUCGCACAAAGACUCUGACUCUAUGGUGGCAAGGGGGGGGUUCAAGUCCGUUAACCAUCUUAGGAAACGGGGAGGUGGCGGUGGGGGAGGCAACGGGUCCAAGAUUUACUCCAUCGAUUCAGACCAAGCCAGCCUGCAGUCGGCACCGCCCUACCAGCGUGACAGUCAAGGGGGUAGCGACGAGUGCCCGUACCCACCCGACCUAUUCCCCACUGAUGGCACGUACUCACACAAGAGUGAUGCACCCAUCCUGCAGUUAAGCGCAUCCUUACUGCACCACAGCCACAGCGCAGAGGCAGACCUGCACUCAAUGAAGGACAAGAAGUAUAGCACCUACACCCACAGCAGUGCAAAGGACAAGUCUAGCAGCUCAUUUGAGGCCCCUGGUUCGGCUAUCGGCUCUCAGGGCGUGCGCCCGGGCCACUGCCGCUCCUGCCUGACCAAGCUGAGCGGCUACUCAGGUCUAUAUACGGUGCGUGCCCCGCAGGCGCGCUGUGAUGCCUGCGCCCACCUAGGCAACCUGUACGACAUCAGCGAGGACCACCUGAAUUACUCAAAUGCUGCCGAUAUGUUCGCACACUUCCUGCCCCAGAGCCAGUUGGGUAUGGUUGGCGAGGGUGAUGACCUCGUCAGCCACUUCGAGCCAGCACCCUGCUCGCCGUCUGCACUGACUGCUGCCUCCUCACCAGUGGCGCAGCAUUUGCAGCUCAGUCGCCAGCACUCUUACGAAAACGUGCUUCCGGAUGGUGUCACCCAACUGCGGGGCCUGAGCCUACCCGAUCGGGACCGGGAGAUGACCUUGGACGAGGGCGCCUAUGCCAACGUGCUCACCAUGCGCUCUGACCGACCCUUCAGCGGGCGUAGUCCGCCCUCACCCUCGCCCUCUCACCACCACAGCUUGGACGCCCCCCUACCCAUGCCCCGCCGCUCCAAGAGCCUCUUCCCUGACCGUCCCUCACACAACCCCUUCCUCCAGUCAGCACCCGGUACAGCGCAGCGGGAAUCCACCGUUCACGCCCAUACUGUCGCCCAGACCGCAACCCGACCACUCUACAAGCAGCGCCUGCCUCUCUCGCUUACCCUGGGCAAACAUGGAGGCCAACAUGCUAACCACCACGUGGACCCACAGGUGUUCUAUCCCCAACUGGAGCCCCCCGUGGUGGCCUAUAUGGUUCCGCCCGCCGCCGCCGCCCAGCCCAUGAGCUAUGUUACGGCGCCACGAGCUUCCAGCGCCGGCGGUAACCGGCCUCGCUUGUACCGACGCAUGCCCAGUAUCGAGUCUGACGUGUAAGACUCUCCAUAUCCUUUUACACACACAUACAAUUCUGGAACGCUGGACCCCGCCCCUCUCACCAGCCUUUCCGGGACUAAGGGGAAUCAACCAACCCCCUUGUCCCUCUUUUUUGUGUCUUGUACAAGCACACAUAUAGCCGUAAUGCAGGAAAAACGGACAACUUCCACAGUUGGGGGCGGCUGUGUGCUCCGGGGUCUCGGCACCCCAACAUAUAUACACAUACUCACCUACAUACAUACACUGUGUACACACACAAGGAAAGACUGUUUGAUAAUGUUGAUGUCAGCCAAUCGAACAUUCCAAACAAUAUCAGUAAAUAUUGGCGGGGGUAAAAAAUGCUCCAAGUAUGAAAUCCAAGAUUGACUUACACACGCACACCUACAUGCACACCUACACACACAUAUAUAGCAUUUAGCAUCCUAGCUUCCUUCCUCAUUAGCUCCUAGCCUUCAGGUCACACACUUGCAUGCUUCCUUAACUGCCCUGUACAACUCACACACACAUAUGCAGGGUUAUAUAUGCGCAUAGGCAUACAUACACCUGUGCACAAAAUGUGCAUUGUGUGUGCGUGCGCGCGCAUGUGUGUGUGUGUUGAUACAGUGAGCUAGUCUAGCCUUUGUGCACUUUGUACAUUUUAUAACCUGCCACCAAACACAAACCAAAAACAAACACUUUUUGAUACUCACACAAGUCGCUGCAUUUGAUGUUUUCUCUUUUUUCCUUUUUCUUUUGGCUGUGGCGGCGAGUGUUAGCUAACAAGUGCAGAAUCAUAUUCCGUUUUAGUGGCUUCAUUCUUUCACGUGCAUACGAGUGUGCAUAGACCUGUUAGAGUUAUAGAUUAGCAGUGGAUUAAAAAGUCACUGUUUUUACCAAAUCUGUUUUCACUAGAGUCUCAGUGGGAGGCCCCAGAAGUAAUGCACACAUACAGUACAUCACAUGGAUUCUGAAAUGACGACAAAAAAAAAAAACACUGUGUCAGAGACCAGUAUCACGUGGAUGGGUGACACAACCCUUGUCCCGAUUGAUGGGGGUCUAGGUAGAGACCUAAAUAUCAACCAAAAGCCUAAAAAAAAUUAUAUUUCAAAAAAUGUUUUACCGUGUCAUCUGCCUUAAAAUGCAUCCUUUAGAAGUUGUAUUUGAUUAAAGUAAUCUUUGACAUGGUGUUAUGACUUCAUCUGAGUUACACUUUUAAGGGACACUUUCAAAUGUUAUGUUACCUUUUGUUUUGAUGUCAUCUGUCUUCAAAUUCUGCUGCUGAAGGGUGCAGUUUAAGUGGACUUUGAAUAGGCUUUUUCUAGUGUUAUACACUGCACGUCAACUGCCUUUCAAUGCAUCCUUCAGAGGCUAUAUUUGGAUUUGCAUGGUGUUAUUAUGCCAUCUGUCUUCAAAUGUUGUAUCUGAGUGGUGCAUAUGUUGGAACUGGGAACCUAUCAUACUACAUACUACGAAUGGUGUGGUUAUAUCAGCGUUCAAAUACAACCUCUGAGGGAUGUAGUAGAUCUUGGAGCCCAUGAUUUGGGUGGUGUAUGACACAAUCUACCUUCAAAUUCAUCCUUUAAGUGUUGCAUUUGAACUAUAAAAGCUUUCCUGUUGGAAUUAUUGUCUCAUUUGCUUUCAAAUGUGUUCUCCUAAAGAUGGAUGUGAAGAUUUUAUUUGCAGAUAGGCAAGAACCAACCGAUGCCACCUCCAAAUGAUAAACAUAAAUUGGGACAGCCAUCUUGUGAUGUUAUGACUGACAAAUGCUGCCUCUCAAAGACGUGUUGAAGGAGCUUUUAAUUUAGGAUAGUCUUGUUGCAGUGAUAUGAUGUCAUCAUCCCAAUAGGAGAACCAUACCAUGGUGUCACAGUAUUAUUUGUGGCAUCUUAAUGAUAAAUUUGAAGAUUUGAAACAACACAUUUGCGAAAUGUAAUCACGUCGUCCUACUUCAAAUGCCACUUUGAGAGGCUCCACUUGAAUACAGACAAUGGUUUCAUUCGCCAUCUAAGAUGUAUUUAAAGAAACAUUUCAUUUGAGAUGGCUUUUGUGUUGUGUUACAUGUCAUAGACCCUCAACUACAGCAUUCUUCCAAACAAUGUUCAAAGAAGCGUUACGUAUCGUAGACCUUCAAAGACAACCUCUGAGGGGCACAUUUAAGGUAGCCGUUGAUUUAGGCAACUUUUUAUGUGACAAUAUGACAACAUCUUUCAAAUAGAGAACAUUUAGAUUAAGGGUCAAACAAGGCAUACUAAUGUUAUCAACCUUCAAAUACAGACCGCUUCCAAUCAGAACAACUUUAUCCUGAUGUCAUCUGCCUUCAUAUGCAUCCUACAAGGGAUGCUGACCUUAAAUAGGGACAUAGCUUCAAGACAAUAUUAGCUAACAAUGUGCUCAUUAGAUUUAAAUGAUGACUUUUUGAGAGCGUGAAGCAGUAUUUUGAUGUUUAAAAUGAAUCUAACCAUCCCCCUCCGAAACUCUGACACACACACACACUCGGGCAUCGUUGUGUACAAUUUCAUGUGGUGGCUACACACAUCCAAAAUGGCCUAGUGUGAGUAAUAUGCACAAUAUCAGGUUGCAAUAUUAUUACAUUUAUGUACAGGCAUUUUUUGUUGUUUGGGUUUGGUUUGGUUUGGUUUGAUUUGUUUGGAUUUGAAUGGUGCCAAUGCUUCAUUUCAAUGACAACUUUCUAUUCUUAUAAUGAUAAACUGGCAUGUUUUAGAUUCUCAUGUGAGAAUUUUUUUUUCAUUUGAUUUAUUUGGAUUCCUGCUGUGAUGUCAGUGGUAGUUCGGCACAUGGGAAUCAAUGAGUGCGCGGUUCCGAGUCCGCCCACCGGGUACUCUUUCACUACGAGUCUGUGCUGUUUCACCUCCUGUGUGUGUGCGUGCGUGUUUUACACCAAGCAGGCAUUUAUGUAAGACAAUGGAUGAAGUUUGUGUGUGUCUAUGUACUUUUCUGUUCUGUUUCCCUUCAUCCCACUCGUAACAUUUGACCCACUCAUGUAACACAACACACACACCACUUUGUGUGUGUGUGUCUGUGUUGUACCAUCACUAGAGAUUUAUACACUUUUUUCCAACUUGCAUGACUGUGCUGGUGUUUCUGUUGGUUUUUAUUUUCUUUAUUUUUUUUCCUUAUUUUUAGAACAGGAUGAAAACACACUGACACACCCACACGCAAACACGCGGACUGGUGUUGUGUGUGCGUGUGAUCGUAAAUGGUAUGUGUGUACUCUUGUUCUCACUUGUGUAUAAGUUCAGGGGUUUCUAAGAUUUUGGUUGUGUUGUACAUAAGACUUGUCACUCUGUACCUCUGUACAAUGUGUAAAUAAGUAAAGGUUACAUUUUUCUAAAUGCUUGUUUCUUUAU